AUUAUCAAGUGCAAAUUUAAGUUCAUUUAUUAAAAAUAAGACUAGAAAUGUUGAAGUUUCACAAACAAAUAAAAUUUAUAAGUGGCGUACCUGUUGCCAUAAAACACAUAAUGCGAUGUCAUAAGUUGACGAUCUGUCACAGAAAUCUUCGCACUUCAUCAGCAGCAGCAGCAGAAAUUCGAGAGGAACCAGAUAAAAAAGUUGUUUCAUCGGGUUGGAAAAUAAUGGAAGGUACCGUAACCGACGCCAAAUUCCCUGCCGGAUCGUUGGUACCGAAACAUGAAACCGGUGCGCUCGGUUUUGUCCGUAAAUGGCCAGCAUACAACGGGCAGGGUGCCACGAUUGCCAUCUUCGAUUCCGGAGUCGAUCCCCGUGCCAAGGGGUUGGAGACAAUCCCCGGGGGAGGCCCGAAAGUGAUUGAACGUUUCGACUGUUCCGGAUGUGGUGAUGUGGAUACCAGCAAAUUGGUGACGGCUCAAAGCGAUGGUACUAUCGUUGGGUUGUCCGGACGGGUCCUGCGACUAUCGAAGGCAAUGAAAGCCAAAGCGAUCAACGGAGAGUUUCGCAUAGGACUUAAAAGUAUGCACGAUCUGUACCCAUCGCGUAUUCGGGAGAAAAUCGUUGCCGACUCGAAGCUGAAACAUUGGGAUGAUCCACACAAAAAGGCACUGGCCGAAGCUAGCCGAGAUAUUGUUGACUUUGAAACGAAGAAUCCGACCGUAGCUAGCCUAGGGCUGAAGGACAAACUGACGAAGGAAAAUCUAGAUGGUACGUUGGAUUUCUUGAACGCCUGCGAGAAAAAGUAUUCCGAUUUGAAGACUACCUACGAUUGUGUUUUGUACCAGACCGAGAGUGGUUGGAUUGCAGCUAUCGAUACAACUGAAACCGGUGAUCUGGAAAAUGCAGUUCACGUGCGCGAAUAUAGUAAGUCCCGUGAAAUCGUCAACUUGGACGAUUUCUUGUCGAUAUCCAUCAACGUACAUGAUGGCGGAGAUGUGUUGGAGGUUGUUGGCAUUUGCACGAGUCACGGAACACACGUGGCUUCCAUUGCCUGUGGUUACCAUCCGGAGAAUCCUGAAUUGGAUGGAGUGGCUCCAGGAGCAAAGGUAGUAUCCUUAACAAUCGGUGAUGGUCGGCUUGGAUCGAUGGAAACGGGAACAGCGCUGGUGCGAGCCAUCAUUAAAGUGAUGGAACUUUGUGAGGCUGGUUGCAAGAUUGAUGUUAUCAAUAUGAGCUACGGUGAGCAUAGUCACUGGUCAAAUGCUGGGCGGGUUGGUGAGUUGAUGAGUGAGCUGGUCAACAACUACGGCGUUGUCUGGGUUGCUUCAGCAGGUAAUCAUGGGCCAGCUUUGUGCACCAUUAGCACUCCACCAGACAUAAGCCAACCCAGCUGUGUUGGUGUUGGAGCUUUUGUUUCGCCUGAAAUGAUGGAAGCUGAAUAUGCCCUGAGACAGAAACUUCCGGGCAACGUUUAUACGUGGACUUCCCGUGACCCCUGCACCGACGGAGGUUUUGGAGUAACAGUUUGUGCUCCUGGGGCCGCUAUUGCUUCGGUACCUCAGUUCACAAUGUCGAAGGCCCAGCUAAUGAACGGCACAAGUAUGGCAGCUCCACAUGUAGCCGGGGCAGUUGCUUUGCUAAUAUCUGGUCUGAAGCAAACCAACACUCAUUACACGGCAUUUAGCAUUAAACGUGCUCUGUGGAAUUCCGCUACCAGAAUUGAUUAUGUGGACAAAUUUGCUCAAGGCAAUGGAUUAUUGAAUGUAGAGAAGGCGUUUGAAAACUUGACAACGUAUUCGGGGCAUGUUGAAACCGAUCUUCGGUUUUCAGUUACUGUUGGCAGUAACGGAGCAAAGGGUAUCCACAUCCGAAAUGGGCUUCUUACAAAACCGGAAGAAUUCAGCGUUAAUGUUGAGCCGGUAUUAUUUAAUGAUAAAUAUGCUGCUCCACCAGAAAAAAUAAAUUUCAACGUCAGACUGACAUUGAUUCCUACUGAAGCUUGGAUUCAGUGCGGCUCGUUUUUGGACCUCUGUUACUCUGCUCGCACAUUCAGUGUUAAAAUAGAUCCUACUGGAUUAUCAGCAGGUGUCCACAAGGCAUGUAUUAAAGCUUUCGAUUCGGCUUGCGUCGAAAAGGGUACCUUAUUUGAAAUUCCCGUGACUGUAGUUCAACCGAUGGUAAUCGAUCCGAAAACACUAGAAUACAGCAGUCCGGAAGCAGUGGUCUGUAAACCGAAUACAAUUCUGCGAAACUUUUUCCUGGUACCGAAACACGCAACCUGGGCAGUUCUGGAGAUGAUAUCAACCGAUGCUAAUGACACCGUCGGCGGAAAGUUCUUGAUCCACACCAUGCAAAUUAUGCCAAUGAAAAACUGCAAGGCACAAGAGAAACAAAAGAUUCUUCCCGUUAAUAGUGUUACAACCACCGUUCAUCCGUUCCAGUGUGUGGGAGAUAAUAUUCUAGAAGUUUGUAUUGCAAAGUAUUGGUCAAAUUUCGGGACCGUUCCGUUGAAGUAUUCCAUCAAAUUCCAUGGCAUUUCGCCCCUGAAUGGAAGUAUAAUGCAUAGCGCCAGUGGUAUUCAUCGCAUUGAUUUGACCACCCUGACUACCGAAGAAGUUCUUCCCACCGUAUCGUUGAAAACCGCCGUUAUGGUCCUUAAACCGGUGGAGACCAAAAUCAGUCCACUGACUACUCGAGAUGUGAUUCAUCCCUGUCGUCAGAUCUAUCAAAAUCUUUUGACCUAUAAUCUGCACUUAAACAAGGCCCAAGAGAUUGCUUUCUAUGCGCCGCUUUUCAGUACCGUUCUGUAUGAAAGUGAAUUUGAAUCACAAUUCUGGAUGGUGUUCGAUUCUAACAAAAUGAUGGUUGGUUGUGGCGAUGCUUAUUCAAACGAUUCGUAUUUGAAACUGGAGAAAGGUGACUACACGAUAAAACUACAAGUUCGGCACGAGAAAAAGGAUAUUUUGGAGAAGGUUUCCGAAGCAAUUUUCCUAGCAAAUAUAAAGCUAGCAAGUAGCUUAGCCGUAGACGUUUACAAAUCAUAUAACCAAGCUAUUGUUAAUGGGAAAAAGAUCGCAUCUUGUAUUUUCCCAGCUGGGGUCACAAGGCCCGUUUUCCUGUCUCCGAUUUCCAACGACAAGUUACAAAAAGCCUCGUUUCCGAAUCAGUGCUCUUGGCUGCAAGGAACCAUCACGUAUGCCAAGGAUGAAAUGGGUAAAAAGUGCGACAUCUACAGCUUCCGAUAUAUUCUAACUGAGGGACCUCCAGUGAAAAAGAACGGAGGAUCUAGUCCUAAAGAAAAUAAAAGUAAAUUUGAAGAGUACAAUGAAGGACUGCGGGACUAUCAAGUUUCCCAGAUUGCCAAACUAGAUGGGGAUAAUGCAGAAUUCGUUUACCGAGCUGUAUUGAAGGAAAAUCCAGGCUUCUUGGGUGCACAUCUGGCUUUGAUUGAUAAUCUAGAUAGUGGUGAACUGAAGAACCAUAUGCCCUGUACAUUCAGUGCUAGUUUAGAGAAAAUGGAAAUCGAAUCGUUGGCACUCGUCAAAGUAAAACUGCUAAAAAUAAUCGAACUUGCAGAACAAGUAAUGAAAGCUAUUGAUCAAAAUGCCCUGCUAGCAUAUUAUGGUUUGAAGACAGAUAACCGUUCGAAUGCCGCUAAAAUUAAAACACAAAUGGACAAGCAGAAGCAACAGUUGCUGGAUGCCUCCCAAAAGAAACUGAUCGCCCUGAGUAAGCUUCGUACCAUCAAAGCCACCGUUGAGGCCAACGAAGUAGUGGGAGAUGCGUCCCUUGCCACGGAACAGUUGGAAGAAAUUGAACAAAUUUUCAACGAUGUUGGAAAGUUUAUCGAUUACACUGACUCUAAGGUUCUGCUAUUGUCGAUAUGGCACGCGUUCAGCUUCAAACAGUACGGGCGGAUGCUCAAAUAUCUAGGUAAAUUGUACGAAGACAAACUGGCUCGGGAAGUGCUAGAGGAACAGGUUAGGGUUGUCAGUGAAAUGAAAUGGGCUCACGUGGAAAAACUUUUGAACAAGAUGAUUGUUACCUCCAACCCUCAGGGAUAUCGACUGUUCUAAAUGUCUGCAGAACGAAAAAACAAACAAAAGUAGAUAGAAACAGCUCUGCUAAUUAUAGCAAUUGGUUCAAUGCUUAAAUGUCAUUCAGAUUUUACAGGUUUAAUAUCAAUCAAUAGUAACAAAUUUUUUCAGCACCAUAGUAAUUCAGUUCGUUUAUUGAAAAAGACAAAGAAUUCUGAUCGAAAAUAUAUGGAAAGCUUAACUUGAUUCAAGCACAAACGGCAAUUCGGUGAAUAUAUUAUUCUAAAACGGUAACUGAAUAUUUUUUCAGCGUAGUGAAAAUUGUUCUGAUCGUCUGUAACAGACAAGAAGUCUGUAGCAACUAUUUUGUAAGAAUUAUAAAUUUUUGUGUUUCAAAUGAAUAUGGUCGAUUUAUAUAUAUAAUAAAAAUUAUAAGAUUUCAAACAUCA